AUGCCGGCGAUUGUAUACGACGACGCCAAGGGAUUCUGCUUUGACAGCAGCCUCCAAGCAUCAAAAGUGGGGGCCGAAGUCAUAAGCAACGGGUUUGACCAAUUGCCGUGGGAAAUCGUCUUACCAGAGAAUCCGAUGCAGGAGGAUCCCGAAGUGGACCCCGAGGCCGGGCAGGGAGGCCCCAAGAAGCGUUUGAGCAAACUGGAAAAAAAGGAGAUUAAGCAGCAGAAGAAAAUCAACGCAGCUCGGGCUCGCCAGGUGAAGAGACAGCAACAAAUAGGCUCGGAAUCAGCCAUGGGAUCUCAGAUCUUCAAUCCUUUUUUAGCCAAAUCUGAUCUCAAACAGUUGCAUUCACGGAUCAUCAGCCAUGUCAAAACCGAGAGUUCCAGCCAGGUACAGAGUUCUAACACAAGCUCGGAAUUAAAAAUACUUCAGUAUCAGUCAAUUGCAUUAUACAAGUCUGAUCUAGAUCACAUUUUGCCUGGCGAAUGGCUCAACGAUAAUAACAUUUCAUUCGUGUAUGAGCUCAUCCACCAGACCUUCUUGAAGGAAAAGGGCUCCUUCAACCACCAGGUGCAAUUGCUUUUUCCCUCGUUGGUCCAGUUAUUUUUACAUUUUCCAGUUAGUGACGAAAUAGAAAACAUCCUUCCUUUGGAUGAUUUGAAGAAGCUGAAAUUCAUAUUCAUUCCUAUCAAUUUUAUUGACGAUUACGAUGAUAUUGACUUGGAGGAGGUCAACAACGGAGAUCACUGGGCAUUGGGCCUUCUCUCCGUGCUCGAGAACCGCUUGUACAUUUACGAUUCCAUGACCAUUGAUGAGGGCGAUUCCAGUACAGAUAAGUUGUUGGGCGAAUUGACCCGAAGACUACAAUCGUGUAAAGGAAUCCUCAAGUCCAACAGGCCCAUAGAAGUGAUAAAAAUGAAGUGUGACCAGCAGGAUAAUUUUGAUGAUUGUGGGGUAUUUCUAGUCAUGAUUACCUGCUACCUAAUCAAACGAUUAAUCUUGGAAAAAGAGGCUAUCAGUUUGGACAUUUCGAAGGUCCGGUUUAACGCAUUGGCUGGAAGGGUCAAAAUGAUGGAACUCAUAGGAAGAGUACUAUGGAGCGAGACAGAACCAACUGAAUGA